AUGGUUGCAACUGCCUUCGUUUCGGGUGCUACGGGAUUUAUUGCUCAACAUGUUAUCAAGCAAUUGCUUGAAAAGGGGUAUAGUGUAGUUGGUUCUGUUAGAAGUGAAUCAAAAGGUGAAAAUUUGAAGAAAAACUUCGCAACUGAUAAAUUUAGCUACGAAAUUGUCGAAGAUUUGGAAACUGUUGGUGCCUUUGAUACUGCUUUGAAAAAGCACCCGGAAGUUACUAUUUUCGUCCACACAGCUUCUCCAGUUACAUUUGACGCAGAGGACAAUGAAAAGGAUAUCAUAUUACCAGCUAUUAAUGGUACUGUGAAUGUGUUAAAGGCUAUCAAGGCUACUGCACCACAAAUUGAUAAAGUCGUUAUCACUUCUUCGGUAGCUUCUCAACUCACCUAUUCCAAUCCUCUGGCUCGUGUCUCUGAAGACACUUGGAAUGACAUUACCUACGAACAAGCUAAGGAAAGCGGAAGUGGAGCUUACCUUGGCUCCAAGACAUUCGCUGAAAAGGCAGGAAUUGAGUUUGUUAAGAAGGAAAAGCCACAUUUCACAAUUUCCACAGUACACCCUGUAUUUGUAUUUGGUCCUCAAGUAUUUGAUCUGGAGGCUAAAGGGAAAUUGAAUGCUUCCAAUGGUUAUAUUAGUAGGUUAUUAAAGCUAAAGGAAGGAUCACUUCCAGAAUUUUCGGCUACAUUUAUUGAUGUUAGAGAUGUUGCUGCCGCUCACCUUAUUGAGAUUGAAAAGCCAUCCAACGGCUUAAGAGUACUCGUUAAAAAUGAAGCUUUCAGUAGUCAGUCUUUAUUAGACAUAAUUAAUAAGAACUUCCCUGAAUUAGGACUCAUUAAGGGAGAGCCUGGGGCACCAGUUAACUACGACAGAAUUACUGAUGAUGCCAAGUCAAGAGAAUAUUUGGGUUUAGACUAUAUUAGUAUUGAACAGUCUGUCGUUGACACUGUAAAGCAAUAUAUUGCAGCUAACAAGUAA